CUAGCCAGUGUGUAUCUGAUUCAAACUGGUCUGAAUUAGCAGAGUUUGUACACGUAGCUGACUGUGAGAUGGUUAGGAAAGACUUCUCUUCUGCAGAUAAGCUAAGUCCACCAAUGCAAAACAAAACCCACCUAAACACCUCGGUUUGAAGAGCUCUUUUUCAGAGUGCUUUGGCUGAAAGGACGAGAUGGCUGCUGCUGCUCUACAGAUUGCUGGACUGCUCCUUGGAGGCAUUGGCUCAAUUGGGACUUUUGCCAUCACUGGGAUGCCUCAGUGGCGUGUGACCGCUUUCAUUGAAAAUAAUGUUGUGGUUUUUGAAACCAUCUGGGAAGGCCUCUGGAUGAACUGCAUAAGGCAAGCUUCCAUCAGGAUGCAGUGCAAGGUCUACGACUCCCUCUUGGCUCUGACCCCUGACCUUCAAGCUUCCAGAGGUCUGAUGUGUGCAGCCUCAGCUCUAGCAUUUCUUGCUUUUGCAGUAGCUGUUCUUGGCAUGAAGUGCACACAGUGCACAGGAAAUGAUGACCGUGUAAAGGGCUAUAUUUUGCUGGCUGGUGGCAUUGCAUUCAUCCUGUCGGGCAUCAUUGUGCUUAUCCCAGUAUGCUUCGUUGCCCAUAACAUAAUCCGAGAUUUCUACAAUCCACUUGUCACGGUGGCUGAGAAACGAGAGCUUGGGGAAGCCCUUUACAUAGGCUGGGUGUCGGCCUUCUGUCUCGUUGCUGGAGGGGCCAUACUUUGCUGUUUCUGCCAUUGCGGUGAAAAAACCAGAAGCUAUCGAUACUCUGUACCUUCACAGCGUACCACCUAUCACAGCCAUCACACCCAGAGAAGAGCUGAGAGUUCAUAUUCUAAAAGUCAGUAUGUUUAGCUGUCUCUUCAUUCCUUCCUCUUUUUGAAAAAUGACUUGGUAACUUAAACAUUUGACAAGAGACUUUGCUAGGACAACAUGCUGGAUACUCUGGAGUGAAACCCUGUGAACUCUUAAGACCAAGCAACUGCUACAAUUGCAGACAGUGUUUUCAAAUAUUUCAGUGCAAAACGACAAAUUGCAGCUUAAUCCUAUCUCAAUAUUGACAUUGUUUUCUUUUAAUCAGCAUCUAUUAAGACAUACAUGUGAUUGUAAUGAUGUGAAGUAGUUUGGGAGGGAGGAAGAGGAUGUUACAACUAAAAUUCUAAAAUUUAGGAACUCCAUUAUAUUCUAAAUAUUGCUGUAGUAUAUAAUGUAUAGCAUAGGAUUGUUACAAAUUGUGAAAAGGGAAAAGCUAAAGAGAUAACUUUUUCAUAGAACAUAUGUAACUGUAUUAUACUCACAAGGUAGGCUUUAUUUUUAGAAAAUAAGCAAGUACAAAAUGAACAAGUAGAAUUUGCACACCAGGAAAGGUACAGCAUAGAACAUAUGGUGACAGAAACAUAAGUGUCUUCCAUAAUGAACCUACUCUAAAUCUUUAAAUACUUUUUUAAAAUUUGUAACAUUAUUUGUCAAAGUGGUAUUUAGCUGUGUAUUUAAGAGUGACAUUUUAAAUUUUUUUAAAAAAAUCCCUCAGUAUAUUUUAAAAUACCCAUUUCACAUUUCUCAAAAAAUGCUUCCUUGUUGUCAAAAAGUAUUAACUUUCUACUAAUAAUGAAAUGACAUGCAACUUUACAGCCUUUGUGUUCAGCUGAACUAAAUUCUGCCAUUGAUUUCUUU